AUGGCCGCCGAAAGGUCUGUUCUUUACCCGGACGAGCCUGUCUUUGACGAAGGAGAGGAUGGCCGGCCCGACCACAGACGCGAGCGCAGGGAGUCCUCGAGUACGAUCAAUAGUAGCCGGCGACAGAGCUACUAUGACAGCCAACGCAUCAACCGCCGCUCAAGGCCACCUUCCGGAGCAAGUCAGGCCACCCAAGGCACUUCGAAAUCGAAAGGAAAGCGUGUCAGUUACCAGAAACCGGCCGAAUUCGGCAAUGUAGAUGAAAGUGCGGUACCGCGACCGGUACAACAGGACGACAACGAGCGGCCUCACCUCGAGGAUGAACGUGGCAGACAGCAACACCCUGGCGGUCUUGGCCUCCACCCUGUCCCAAACUUCAGUCAGCCUUAUGCCAUGCGCAGAAGGCCGAGCGGGUCUAACAGUCGCAACCAGAACAUCUCAGAGGUUGAGGCGUUGCCUCCGGUACCAAAGACUGAACGAUUCUCCGCCGCCACAACACAGGGCCAAAACACGCAGAGCAGGCCAUAUACCCAGGACGCCGAGCGCGCAGACUUGUCCGACUCAUCGAACGACCGGCCAUAUUCAAGCAGAUACCCAAGAGACUACAUGCCUGCUUCCAGUGCAGUCCCCAGAUGGCUGACGGAAAUCUACACCAUCUCGUACCUGAUCUUCUUCGCUAUCUUUGGGACGUUGGCGCGACUUGGCGUGCAAUGGAUCACCUUCUACCCUGGAGCACCUAUAACAACACCUGUGAUAUGGGCGAACGUGGGUGGAUCAUUUAUCAUGGGGUUCCUAUCCGAAGAUCAAGGACUCUUCAGGGACAAGUCUAGAGAUGAAGCCGGGCAAGAAGACAAGCACGCUGACCUUGAGACCAUCAACAAGGCGGAAUUGUUGAAACGCAAGAAGACCAUCCCAUUGUACAUCGGCUUGGCGACCGGCUUCUGUGGCAGCUUCACAUCCUUUUCCAGCUUUGCGAGAGACUUCUUCCUGGCCAUGUCGAACAACCUCCUAUCGCCAGUCAGCCAUCCGUAUCCCGCAGCGGCCGGCGCAGUCGUACCCAGCUCAUACGUGGGCAGAAACGGCGGCUACUCCUUCGAGGCCAUCCUCGCCGUCAUCUUCUCAACUCUCGCCCUCUCACUCGGCGCCCUCCUCGUCGGAGCCCAUGUCGCCGUGUUCCUAGAAGGCUACACGCCAUCCCUCCCCGUCAACUUCGUCCGCAGAAUCCUAGAUCCAUUGAUGAUCUUCCUGGGUUGGGGUUGCUGGCUAGGCGCAAUCUUCAUGAGCAUCUGGCCUCCCGAUCGACCAGGCGGCCCCUCGUCACGCGGAUCCUGGGCAAACGAAUCGUGGCGCGGCGAAGUCCUCUUCGCGCUCGUAUUCGCUCCCCUAGGAUGCUUACUACGCUUUUACGCGAGUUUGAAACUGAACGGCUUGGUCGCUUCCUUUCCGCUGGGAACAUUCGCCGUGAAUAUGCUCGGCACCGCCAUCGAGGGCAUGUCCUACGACAUCCAGCACGUCGGCGUGGGCGCACACGGCAUGAACGGCGGUGGCCGUAUCGGCUGCCAGAUCUUGCAAGGCGUUAUGGAUGGGUUCUGCGGGUGCCUGACCACGGUCAGCACGUGGGUGUCGGAGAUCAAUGGUUUGCAGCGGAAGCAUGGUUACCUGUAUGCAUUUACGACCGUGGUGGGUGGGUUGUGUUUGAUGACUAUCAUUAUGGGGAGUGUACAGUGGUCGCAUGGGUUCUCGGAGCCGGUUUGUAAUACUGGAUACUCGUCGAAAGUACAUGCUUGA